GAGGAACAGUGAAAAAGGGGAGCCUCGGCUCGGAGAAGGUACGAGAAUAAAUACGUAAGGAGCGGCCCUAAAAUAAAGGUAGCGGCAUAUCCCGGCAGCGAGAAGACUAUUGAGCUGUAAAUUAAAGGGAAGAUAAUUUCUGCUCGUGGAGGAAAAGAAAAGUGAAUAACCUCAAUGGAAGACUCUCAGGAUCUAAGUGAACAGUCAGUAAAGAAACCUUGUACAGAGUCAGAUGGUUCAGAGACGCAGAAUCCCAGGUCUAUGGAAAUGCAGGAUCUAGCCAGUCCUCAUAAUCUUGUUGGAAGCAGUGAUGCACCAGGUAGUUCCAAACUGGAUAAGUCUAGUCUUAGUAGCACAUCAGUUACAACAAAUGGAACAGGAGGAGACAACAUGACUGUGUUAAACACUGCAGACUGGUUGCUGAGUUGCAGUACUCACUCCUCUGCAACAAUGUCUCUUCUUGCAGUCAAAACAGAACCCAUGAACAACAGUGAAACAACAACAACAACUGGAGAUGGAUCGCUUGACACUUUUACUGGGUCAGUAAUAACAAGUAGUGGCUACAGUCCAAGAUCGGCACACCAGUACUCUCCACAGAUAUAUCCCUCCAAGCCCUAUCCACACAUUCUUUCUACACCAGCAGCUCAAACAAUGUCUGCCUAUGCCGGACAAACCCAGUAUUCAGGAAUGCAGCAACCAGCGGUCUAUACAGCCUACUCACAGACAGGACAGCCCUACAGCUUACCCACUUACGAUUUGGGUGUAAUGUUGCCAGGCAUCAAGACAGAAAGUGGGCUCUCGCAGACCCAAUCACCACUGCAGAGCGGGUGCCUCAGUUACAGCCCGGGGUUUUCUACCCCACAGCCAGGCCAAACACCCUACUCUUAUCAGAUGCCAGGUUCUAGUUUUACACCGUCAUCCACUAUUUACUCAAACAAUUCUGUUUCGAAUUCCACAAACUUCAGUAGUUCACAACAGGAUUAUCCAUCAUACACAGCUUUUGGCCAAAAUCAAUAUGCACAGUAUUACUCAGCAUCAACAUAUGGUGCAUAUAUGACCUCAAACAACACGGCUGAUGGCACUUCUUCAUCAUCAUCAACCUACCAGUUACAGGACUCUCUCCCUGGGUUGACUAGUCAACCAGGGGAGUUUGACACAGUGCAGAGCCCCUCCACGCCAAUCAAAGAUCUUGAUGAGAGAACAUGUAGGAGUUCUGGGUCGAAGUCUAGGGGUAGAGGACGGAAGAAUAAUCCAUCACCCCCUCCGGACAGUGACUUGGAGCGUGUAUUUGUUUGGGAUUUGGAUGAAACAAUCAUAGUUUUUCAUUCGCUGCUUACAGGAUCCUAUGCACAAAAGUAUGGCAAGGAUCCACCAAUGGCAGUGACGCUUGGACUGAGAAUGGAAGAAAUGAUUUUUAAUCUUGCUGACACACAUUUAUUUUUUAAUGAUUUAGAGGAGUGUGAUCAAGUUCAUAUAGAUGAUGUUUCUUCAGAUGAUAAUGGACAAGACCUAAGUACCUACAGUUUUGCAACUGAUGGCUUCCAUGCAGCUGCAAGUAGUGCAAACCUUUGUCUGCCAACAGGUGUAAGAGGAGGGGUUGACUGGAUGAGGAAGCUGGCUUUCCGUUACAGAAGAGUAAAAGAGUUGUAUAAUACUUACAAGAACAACAUAGGAGGACUCCUGGGUCCCGCUAAAAGAGAUGCGUGGUUGCAAUUAAGAGCAGAGAUUGAAGCUUUGACAGACUCUUGGCUAACAAAUGCACUUAAAUCGUUAUCAAUUAUCAGCACAAGGAGUAAUUGUGUAAACGUGUUGGUAACAACGACCCAGCUUAUCCCAGCACUUGCAAAAGUUCUACUAUACAGUUUAGGAGGAGCUUUUCCUAUUGAAAAUAUUUACAGUGCAACCAAAAUAGGCAAAGAGAGCUGUUUUGAGCGUAUAGUGUCCAGAUUUGGCACUAACAUAACUUAUGUUGUGAUUGGAGAUGGCCGAGAUGAGGAACAUGCAGCUAAUCAGCACAACAUGCCUUUCUGGAGGAUAUCCAGUCAUUCGGACCUCUUGGCUCUCCAUCAAGCACUGGAACUAGAGUAUUUGUAACUGUGUUCUAAAGUUGGCGAUCCUUUUUUUUAUAUAUAUAUUUCAAGUACACUGAAUUUUUAUGUGUGAUUCAAUGCCUCUGGCUUUACACAUAUGAAUUGUCUUAAGAAGGGAAGAAAUAUUUGGAAUUAAAAAUUCCAAAUUGAAGAAUUCAGAUUGCUGAAUGAAGUUAAAACAUUAGUGCUACGUAAGGAAGCUCUAUGGUCUUAUAUAUGCAACGUUUUUAAAUGAAUUAAAACUGUGGAGGUUGCUGGUACACACCAAGUGAGCCCUGACAGGAGUGAACAAAGGACUCAAACUGGCAAAGCACCAAAACGCGUUUUCCAGCCAACAAGGUGGUGUUCAACAACAUUCCUCAAAAUGGGAUAUAUUCUCAGCACUGAGGUUUGAACCAGACUUUAGCCUACCUAACCCAGAAAAUCUGAAUUGGAAUGCACUCAGACUGUAUAAUGACAAUCCUGUCUAGACCUGUAAUUUGUGUAAAUUAUUGAUGAAAAUAAUUUACUGUGACUUUAUUAGCAGCUGAUUUUGGA